AUCCAAAGUUGCGGUUCUAUAAAAAUACCAUUCAAGAGCGUAUACAUCUUUAUCCAUCAGUGUCUUAAUUUUGUCUAUAGCUAAAAAAAGGUUCAAUUGUAAAAGGAAUAUGGAGUCUUACCAAAACCAGUCCGGAGCGCAGCAGACUCACCAACAGCUUGACCAAUUUGGAAAUCCAUUUCCAGCCACCACCGGAGCCUAUGGAACUGCCGGUGGAGCUCCAGCCGUGGCUGAAGGUGGUGGUUUAAGUGGCAUGCUUCACCGUUCUGGGAGUAGCUCUAGCUCUAGCUCGGAGGAUGAUGGACUAGGUGGAAGGAGGAGGAAGAAGAAGGGAAUAACGGAGAAGAUUAAAGAGAAGCUGCCGGGUCAUCACGACUCCAACAAGACUUCUUCUUUAGGUUCUACAACGACGGCCUAUGAUACCGGCACCGUUCACCACGAGAAGAAAGGCAUGAUGGAGAAGAUCAAAGAGAAGCUUCCGGGUGGUCAUCAUUAGUUUCAUUUUAAUUAACUUGUUUGGUGUGGGUCGUUACGCUUAUGGUCGUUGCAUGGAAUAAAUUAUAAACCCUCUCUUUUUCGUAACAUUUAUGGCUCAGGCUCUAUUGUUUUGAGUGAUACAAAUUAAGGUAAUGUUAGCACACGGGUGGGUUCACGAUUCUAAUCGACAUCUUCCCAUUUAAAAUAACAAAGGGAUUUUGACGUUUUCUAUUCCCAA